CUCACGCCCAUUCCAAGCUCGGCUCCUAGCUAGGCUAAGCGGCAUGCGUUUCGCCAUGUCGCCCGACAGCCUCCUCCUCUUCUACGCCGCCGCGGCGGCCGUCACCGCCGCCUUCGGCCUCUUCUCGCUGUACAAGCACCUCGUGCGCCAACGGCGGCACCACCCCAGCGCGGACGCACCGGACGGGGACAUGGAGGAGCGCCGGCCGCUCGCGGUGACCACGGUGGCGUCCAGCAUUCUCCCGCCGUUCAUGUACAACCGGCUCGUCCGGCACAGCGGCAAGGGCGACGACGCGGGCUCGACGGAGUGCGCGGUCUGCCUCGGCGCCAUCCGGGUCGGCGCCAUGGCCAAGCUGCUGCCGGCGUGCGCCCACGUGUACCACGUCGAGUGCAUCGACCUGUGGCUCGCCGCGCACUCGACGUGCCCUCUCUGCCGGUGCACGGUCGGCGGUGAUCGCUCGGCUCAGGACCUUGCUUGCCUCUCACCUGCAUAGAUUGAUCGACCAUCACAUCCGCAAGAGAUAUCUCUGUACAGCUUUUUUCUGAACUUCGAGAUAAAACCUGCAUGUAUGCCGGUGUAUAUAUAUAGUGUGAACUGUAGACUCGUGUGUUUCACUUGGAGUUGCAUCUCAGCCAUCAGGAUCCCAUGAAGGCAUGAAUUGAUUGCCAAAUUGUACACUUCCAAUGUCAACAUGUGAGACCCAAAUAUUUCAAGUCGACGCA